AAACACAGUUGUGAGUUGUGAGCGCGAAGCCGUUGGAGGCUAUGGAAACGGGCAGGCGGGGCAGCCCCCCCACCGUUCGGGCAGCUCUCGAACACUGCACAGUUCACACACACACACACGCCCAAAAAGAAAAAACGAUUAUUAUCCCACCCCCCGCACUCUCUCACCUCCACACUUGAGAGAGAGAGAGAGAUGAUUUCCAUUCUCUAGAGAGAGAAACGAAAAAGCAAAGUACAGAGGUAAAAAGUUUGCAGAGAGCUAUUAAAAGUGUUGGGAAAGUAUAAGACUACUAAAGUACACAUUUUUAUACACAUUCAAGAAAAAAAUAUAGCUCCCAUUUCGAUUUCUGGGGUUUUUCAAAGUCCAGGUUUGUGUGAUGGGAUCGGUUUCUUGAAUGGUAAAAAUAAUCGAAGCUUUUUCGGGCUGAAUGAGGGGGUGAUGGCAUCUGGGUUUUUGUGGGUUUUCUGUAAAUGCUGUGGUUUUCAACAUUUGGAUCUGAGGUGUUGUGGGUUUUAGCUAUAGAUACAGUUCUUGUAUGUAUAUGUCGGGAUAUGAUGAAGUUGAUGGAGAGAUGGAGCGUGGUUUCGUUGCUGGUUUGGUUGAUCUUGGUGGUGCAAAUUUGUGCUAACAUGGAAGGUGAUGCUCUGCAUAGCCUUAGGACAAACUUACAAGAUCCUAACAAUGUGCUACAAAGCUGGGACCCGACCCUUGUCAACCCGUGCACAUGGUUCCACGUCACCUGCAACAAUGAUAACAGUGUGAUAAGAGUUGAUCUAGGGAAUGCGGCUUUGUCGGGUCAACUGGUCCCACAACUCGGUCUAUUGAAGAAUUUGCAGUACCUGGAGUUAUACAGUAACAACAUUAGUGGGCCAGUUCCCGGUGAUCUCGGGAAUCUGACUAAUUUGGUGAGCCUGGACCUGUACCUAAACAGUUUCACAGGUCCCAUUCCUGAAUCGUUGGGGAAGCUGUCGAAACUGCGGUUCCUCCGGCUUAACAACAACAGCUUGACGGGUCCCAUCCCUAUGUCCUUGACCAAUGUUUCGUCCCUACAAGUGCUGGAUUUAUCGAACAACCAGCUUUCAGGCGUGGUUCCAGAUAACGGCUCCUUUUCGUUGUUCACGCCUAUCAGUUUUGCAAAUAACUUGAACCUGUGCGGUCCUGUCACUGGACGGCCAUGCCCUGGAUCACCUCCAUUUUCUCCACCCCCUCCUUUCAUUCCGCCACCCCCUAUCCCAUUACCAGGAGGAAAUAGUGUCACAGGAGCCAUUGCUGGCGGAGUUGCUGCUGGUGCUGCUUUGCUAUUUGCUGCACCUGCAAUCGCCUUUGCAUGGUGGCGUCGGAGAAAACCGCAGGAAUAUUUCUUCGAUGUACCAGCUGAGGAGGACCCCGAAGUACAUCUCGGACAGCUUAAGAGAUUCUCUCUUCGAGAGUUGCAAGUCGCCACCGAUACUUUCAGCAACAAAAAUAUCUUGGGGAGAGGUGGCUUCGGAAAGGUAUAUAAAGGACGUCUCGCAGAUGGCUCUCUGGUUGCCGUUAAAAGACUCAAGGAGGAGAGGACGCCUGGCGGAGAGCUUCAGUUCCAAACGGAGGUUGAGAUGAUAAGUAUGGCCGUGCACCGUAAUCUUCUCAGACUCCGUGGCUUUUGUAUGACUCCGACGGAACGGUUGCUCGUUUAUCCGUACAUGGCCAAUGGUAGUGUUGCAUCAUGUUUACGAGAACGUCCGCCUAAUGAGCCACCGCUCGAUUGGCCGACUAGGAAGCGCAUAGCUCUUGGAUCCGCCCGGGGCUUGUCGUAUCUGCACGAUCACUGUGACCCGAAGAUUAUCCAUCGUGAUGUCAAAGCUGCAAACAUCUUGCUAGACGAAGAGUUCGAGGCCGUUGUUGGAGAUUUUGGUUUGGCUAAACUUAUGGAUUAUAAGGAUACCCAUGUGACGACAGCUGUUCGCGGCACUAUUGGACAUAUAGCUCCGGAGUACCUAUCCACCGGAAAAUCGUCCGAGAAAACUGAUGUCUUUGGAUACGGGAUUAUGCUUCUCGAGCUGAUAACCGGGCAGAGGGCUUUCGAUCUGGCUCGCCUUGCGAAUGAUGAUGAUGUCAUGUUGCUCGAUUGGGUGAAGGGACUUCUAAAAGAGAAGAAACUGGAAAUGCUGGUGGAUCCCGAUCUGCAGAGCAAUUACAUCGAGUCGGAAGUCGAGCAGCUGAUUCAGGUCGCUCUCCUCUGCACGCAGAGUUCCCCGAUGGACCGGCCCAAGAUGUCGGAAGUGGUGAGGAUGCUAGAAGGCGAUGGGCUUGCCGAGAAGUGGGAUGAAUGGCAGAAGGUGGAAGUUCACCGGCAAGAGGUGGAACUCGCUCCGCAUCCUACCUCCGAUUGGAUUGUCGAUUCGACAGAAAAUUUACACGCAGUCGAGUUGUCUGGUCCCAGGUGACCUACAUGGCAAAAAGAAAAUAGAAGAAAAAUAUUAGCCCCUUUAUUUUUUGAAAUGUCACUUUUUUGGGGGGGUUAUCAUUAGGGUUGAGGAAUUAACAAAUUUGAUUUGUGGUAGGGGUGGUAUUGUGAACUUGUCUUGUCACAUUUGUGCAUAGAAUGUUCAGCCUUUUGUAAGCCAUGGCCCUUAUUUGCCUAUACAAAAAAACAAAAAACAAAAAACAAAAAAAAAACUAAAUGUUGGUUUAACAAGUUGACUUGGUUUCACCAUUGUAUGAAACUAAAUUGCUCGUGUAAGAAGAAAGAUAACUUUAUAUUCGUUUAAUUUUGCUAUGUAGGUUGUCAGCGCUUAAUUUUUGUA